GAAUAAACUCACCAUUAGUAAAAAAAAAAAAACAUUUAAAAUAAAAAUAAAAAUAAAAAUAGAGGAGAGCAGAGAUAGCGCCCCUCCUCCCUCCCGUGACGGAGCGCCGGCGUCAGAAUAUUAUCGCCGUCCUCAGUAGCGGCGUCGCAACUUAAUUCUUUCUCCACUCGUCUAUUUCUCAAUAUUUAAUUGUGAGAAAUUUUUGGAGCUUACAUAUGGCAAAUUCAAUAGCAUCUUCGGUGACCGAGGGUUCUAGCAGUGACGACGAAGGAGAGUUUUUUCUAGAUGAUUCAGAUAUCAUUGACGAGAUCGUACUAGAUGAUGAAGAUCUCCCUGAUGUUGAGGAUUAUAAUGAUGAGGAAGUUGUCUCUGAAGAAAUGUCAUAUCCUGAGCCUGAAGAUGCUGUUGAUUUGUUCGCACAUCACACUAAGCCACUUUAUGCUGUUGCAUGUAGCCCUAAAGAUGCGACAUUAGUGGCAAGCGGGGGUGGAGAUAAGUUGGCUUGUCUUUGGAGUAUUGGUUGCAAAGAUAGGGUACACGAGCUUAAGGGUCAUGCGAACACCGUUUCUUGUUUGUCCUUCAGCAAGGAUGGUCAGUUACUUGCUUCUGGAGGAAUGGACGCAUGUGUUAAAAUAUGGGACAUUUUGGGAAAUCUUAAAUGGACAUUUCAAGGCCCUGCCAAAAGCCAUGAAUUUGAGUGGGUAAGAUGGCAUCCAAGUUCUCAUCUAGUCUUGGCCGGUUGUACUGAUACAACUGUAUGGCUGUGGAAUGCUGACGAGGGCGCCCUUCUCAAUGUGUUCUGUGGUCAUGGUAACCAUGUGACUUGUGGUGGUUUUACACCUGAUGGGAAAUCUAUUUGUACCGGUUCUAUGGAUGCCACCUUGAGAAUAUGGAAUCCUACAAGUGGCCAGGGUACUAUUGCUAAAGGUUAUUCAAAAGCUUCUGGACCAUUGAGAUGCCUGACCUAUACCUCCGAUUCAACUCUUGCCCUUACUGGAGAUGAAAAUGGUAUCCUCAGUGUAGUGAACAUCGGAAGUGGAAAGGUUACCAGCUCAUUUUCAUCCCACUCAAGUUCCAUUAACUGCAUUGGGCUUUCAUUGAGCAUGCCUUGGGUGGCAACUGGAGGUUCAGAUGAGAAGGUUGUUAUCUGGGAUCUGCAACAUUCAGCACAUCGCAGCACUUUUGAGUACCAGGAUGAGGUAACUUGCUUGAAAUGGCUUGGCGAAUCCAGAUUUGUGGCUUCAGGAUGUGGUGACGGGCAGAUACACAUCUGUGAUACUCGCUCAGGAGAGCAUGUAAGGAGCUUUAAGGAUCACACUGGUAAUAUCCAACAACUGGAUGUGUCUGCUGAUAACAACUUUCUUGUUUCAGCUUCAGAGGAUGGUACUGCUCGUGUGUUUGACAUAUCAGACUUUAAAUGCUAAUCACGUAGAAUCUUGUUAGGUUUGUCUCCAUAUAUAUUUUUCAGGUAGCAAUUUUUCUAAAUUUUUUACUUGAACAAAAUAAAAAUAAAAAUGGUUUUCAGUUGUGCGUUGCAAAGUAUGAUUUUUAGAGCAGAGGAAUCAAGUAUGAAAAUUUUAUUAGAAGUAUUUGUAUGAAGAUUAGUACAAUAGAUCUAGGAGAGUAGGAGAAACCUUUUUCUUAUUUUUAUACAUUUUCGUUGAAUCUA